AUUGUAGAAAAAUAUGUCUGUAUACAUAUGACGUGCGCAAGGUCCCUGCGUUAGAAUAAGGAAAUAUUUAGCUCUUGCACUAACAAUGAAGACAUGCUGAGUAGCUAGACUUUUAUGAGAGUAGAGAGACAACGUUAUUCAUCACAUAGUAACGAUGCAGCUGGUGGUUUGGGCGUUGGUAGUGUUCUCUGUGCUGUACAGCCAGGGAACGGACGCCUGUCCUGACCAGUGUAGUUGUAGUAAGAUAUCCAUCUGUGAUGGGACUUACGUAAAUUGUCGCAGUAGAGGACUGACCGGAAUACCGACUGACAUCCCCACGGACACAUGUUAUCUGGGCCUGGAGGCAAAUGAAAUAACAACGUUACCAAAUGGAAUAUUUGAUGCACUGACGAGUCUGCAGACAUUGCAAUGACAACUUUCUUCACACCCAAACUGGAACACUGUUUUCAAAUGAAUAUUUUACGGUUGAUGAGGACUCUAAAAUCCUGAUCAUAUUCAUGCAUUUUGGCCUCAACAGAAGUUUAUAUUCUUAAUGUCCAAAUUUAGUUAAGAAUCAUAUGUAAGGAAACUAAUAUGUAAAUCAUAUGAGACAUGUAUGUGUACUUUAAUUAUGUAAUAUGCAGAUGCUGGAGAUGAAGUAUUUCUAUUCAUUCUACGACAGUUGCGAUGACCUAGAGGUUAGAGCGUUCACCUGCAUGCGGAAGAUCAGGGCUCGAAUCCGAGAUACAAUCAAUCAAUCAAUCAAUAGUUAAGCCAAUACACAUUUCAAAUUACAAGGGUAUGAAUUGGACAUUACAUUGUACCUUUGAUUGUUUUCAUUCCUUUCCUGUUUCAAUAUUUCUAAAUCAGCCAGAAUAAAAUUUUCCUACAAAAGUAAAAAUAUGCAAAAUAAUAAAAUAUAUGUUGUAUAAUGGUUAUUUCAGCAGUUAGAAAUUUAAAAUCAAAGUUUUAGAAUAUUUUCAGUUUGAAUUCAGCUAACCCUUUGCUAAUAUUUAUUUGGAUGAAUAUUUUUUGCAAUUUUGAGUUAGUUAUUGAAGUUCUGCAAACUUUAAACACUUGUAGAUAUUUACCUCUUAUUUCACAAAAGUUUUGUUUAAAAUCUACCGAGUGAUUGAUUAACCUAAUUUAAAAAAUAAGGAAAGUUUAACAAUAUACCUCUUCAUUCUCGUAAAAUGAUCUUAUGCUUCCAAUAAUAUGGACAGCUGUUGAUUCCACAACAUUACCCACAUGGAAAUGAGUAUCACCAAAUGAUGCCCAAGGGGAUCCGAUUUCAUGGAGGCGACUGCCGUCCUUUUGCUCACCUACAUGACCAGUUUUCCGUGGAUAUCUUAAUGAUAAGAAUUUAGGGUUAAAUUACAAUUAAAUCGAACCUCCUUAUCUUGAACUCAACCAGACCAAGAUUAAACUUAGAAAUAUGCGAGGAUUCAAGAAAACAAGGUAAAAAAAACAUAACGGAAAAAGCCGCUGGGAUUGCCAGUUCAUGUUGACACGUCCCUGAUAUCAGUUAGUGUUUGAGAUAACAAAGAUCUGCAUCAAUUGUAUAUUACUGAAUUUUAUAAAGUGGCGUGGCCUGUGACAGUAAUAUACCUCACAGUUAUUCGUGAACUACUUUCACUACAUUUGGUUAUACUAUGGUUUUACCUUUUCAUUUUCAUUAUAAAUAAUAUGUGUUCCUAUUUAUACAUAUCUGGCAAUGUUCUUUGACAUUGAAGGAUUGCUCAAGUGGAGUUUGGCAAUUUCAGUUGGUUUCAGAUUGUAUAAA